AUGUUGGCUGUCGAGCGCCCAUUUCCCAAGCUACCUUCGCCCCCUUCUCGCACGCCGGCCUCCUCGGUGCUAGACAAGGAUAAGGACACACCAGACAACCAUGUUGCCAGAGAUGGCCGUUUAAUUCGGCUGACCGGUGUGCAUCCCUUCAACGCGGAGGCUCCGUUGACUUCCUUAUACGAAGAAGGUUUUCUCACAUCGGUGGACCUAUUCUACGUAAGAAAUCAUGGUCCGGUGCCCCAAGUUCUCGAUGAGCAGGUUCUCACAUGGGAGUUCAGCGUUGAGGGAUUGGUUGAGAACCCCUUCACAAUAACCUUGAAACAACUGAUCGAGGAAUUCGAGCAAAUCACCUUACCCAUCACGCUAGUAUGUGCUGGAAACAGACGCAAAGAGCAAAACACCGUCCGGAAGACCAAGGGAUUCUCCUGGGGACCUGCAGGGCUCUCCACUGCGCUGUUCACGGGAACUUUAAUGGCCAACGUGCUGCGUCGAGCGAAACCCCUACGACGUGCUAAAUAUCUUUGCAUGGAGGGUGCAGAUAAACUCCCCAACGGUCAUUAUGGCACGUCAUUAAAACUCAACUGGGUCAUGGAUCCCAACAAGGGCAUCAUGCUUGCUCACGGAAUGAAUGGUGCGCCGCUCCGCCCAGACCAUGGCCGGCCACUCCGCGCCGUUGUCCCCGGCCAAAUAGGCGGCCGGAGCGUUAAAUGGUUGAAACGGCUAAUCGUCACGGCCGAACCCAGCGACAACUGGUACCACUACUAUGACAACAAAGUGCUUCCGACGGUGGUCACGCCGGAAAUGUCUGCGGCGCAGCCCCAUUGGUGGCGGGAUGAAAAAUACGCCAUCUACGACUUGAACGUGAAUUCGGCCAUGGUGGUAGCAUGGAGACUUGCAGAGGUAGAAUACCCCGAAGAUCGCUUUCGGGAAGCGGAAGCUGACAUUUACGGGGGCCGUCUCGACGUGUCUGACCGGGAGACGUCUUUCUGCUGGUGCUUCUGGUCGUACGACGUGUCCAUUCUCGAGCUGCGCAACUCGGAUAGCAUCCUCGUCCGGGCGAUGGAUGAAGCCCUCGCCUGUCAGCCGCGGGAUAUGUAUUGGUCCGUCCUCGGUAUGAUGAACAACCCCUGGUUCAAGGUGACUAUCGAGAAGGGCGACCAGUGGCUUCGCUUCCACCAUCCCACGACGUUGCUCCCGGGCUCGAUAGGGUGGAUGGAUAAGGUCAAGAAGGUAGGAGGAGACUUGCUGAACGGGCGGUGGGGAGAAAGGGCAGUCGGAUUCGAGGAACCGCAUACCCCGCCAGUGGAGGAGGUCAUAACCAUGACGAACGCGAAUAUCACCAGGAUCUUCACUUUUGACGAGUUCAAGGCGGAGGCUUCCCAGGAGAAGCCGCUGUUUGUUGUCGAUGGGCAAGUGUACGAUGGAACGGAAUAUCUGCAGGACCACCCGGGAGGCGCUCAGAGCAUUCUCACAUCAGCCGGAGCAGACGUGACUGAAGACUUUAUGGCUAUCCAUAGUGAAAACGCAAAGGGCAUGAUGAGAAACUACCAUCUGGGUAGUCUCGACGAAGAUGCUAGGAAACGCCUCUCCGGUGCAAACGCCGCGGAGGAUUUACCAGCAUCAAGAACCGAGUUCUUACAUCCCAAACAUUGGGUCAAGGCCACUCUAGGCGAAAUCGACAUAGUGUCUUCAGACACAAAGAUUUUCAAAUUCAAGUUCGGCAGUCAUCAAGCUGUGGGACUUCCCAUUGGGCAGCACCUCAUGCUACGCAUCAAGGAUCCCGCCAGCGGCGAAAAUAUCAUCCGCGCGUACACGCCCGUGUCAGAAGGCGCGCAAAAGGGGUCGGUUGACCUCUUGAUCAAACUCUAUCUACCGACAGCUGCGCUAGCCGGGGGCAAGAUGACCACGGCGCUGGAUAAAGUGCCGGUUGGCGACGAGGUGGAGUUCAAGGGCCCGAUCGGCAAGCUCGAGUACCUGGGUCGGGGCCAGGUCACCAUUAGUGGAACACCCCGGAAAGUGUCGUCGUUUGUCAUGAUUUGCGGCGGCAGCGGCAUCACGCCCAUCCUACAAGUGUUUAGGGCGGUGAUGCAAGAUCCGGAGGACACCACAUACUGUACCGUUCUGGACGGGAACCGCCGGGAGGAGGACAUUCUCUGCCGGGACGACUUGGAGCGUUUGGCGGCGUUGAAAGUGGAUGGCUGCAAGGUAAUUCACACGCUCACGAGUCCGUCGCCAGAGUGGAUGGGGAACGGGGAAGGCUUUCCGAGGCGUUGUUGA